AUGUUCAUGCGUCCACGUGCAUCAUCUCCUGCAGAAUCUUCCAAAUACCCUGGGUACUCGGGAAAGGGGCUAGAGUUGUCAUCCCAGAAGGACUACAUGGUCCACCACUGUGUCAAAGCAGAAGUUCUUAAGAGAAUAUUUUUUGCUAAUUCCUACCAUAUAUGGUUAACUCAAGUCCAUUACAGGAACAUUUCCAUUGGUGGUGUGCUUGUCCCGCUGGAGCUGAAGUCUAAAGAGCCUGAUGGGGACAGAAUUGUUUACACAGGCACAUAUGACACAGAAGGUGUGGCCCCAACCAAGAGUGGAGAACGGCAACCCAUCCAGAUCACCAUGCCGUUCACAGACAUCGGGACCUUUGAGACGGUGUGGCAGGUCAAGUUCUACAAUUACCACAAGCGAGAUCACUGCCAGUGGGGAAGCCCCUUUUCUGUCAUUGAGUACGAAUGCAAGCCCAAUGAGACACGCAGUCUCAUGUGGGUGAACAAAGAGUCCUUCCUCUGAAGAUGGCCCUUUCCGAUGUUGCUGGACAAUCCCCCCAGAAAUCUACUUUUAGAUAAACCAGCACAAGCCUUACCCAAGGCACGCCACACUGUCGCUCUUUCCCAUCUGGUACCAAUGACUUACUAGCCCCGAAUAUUUCCAAAGUGUAAUUCCCCUCUGAUACGAUAUCCCUGACCUAAAAGAGUGUGAUGUACCAUGACCGAAAAUAUUCCUCUCUGUACUUUGUGCUGGUGUUCCUGCAUCCAGUUGUUCUCAGUCGUGCUGUUGACCGCUUGUGACUGGAGCUCAGUGGAAUUAGCAGGCUUGUCCUAUACCUGAGUGUUCCACCGACGGACUGUGGUGUUUUGUUUCCAAGUUGAGUGAUUCCCCCUUUUUGUGUUUAAUGUUAAAUUUUUUAAAAAUAGCAGUGUGUAUGGGUUCUCCCAUGUGUAAUAUGGUAAUGUGUAACUUGCAAUAUUUGCCAGCUUUCAAAGCAAGCUUUGUGAAAAUGUAAUAAAACGGCAGUGAAUGGAACUCAAAUGUUAUGCUUCCUAUAAACACCUUUUUCAGGGAAGGAUAAUGAUAAACUUAAAGGUCAAAUAGGAAGUGUUUAUAAUGUAUUAAAACUCUUUCAGAUAAGGUAUUGUGCUAUGGCUUAGUGGAAAUAGGGAAAAAGCAUUGCUGUGGACCACUUUUAAACAAAGUGAAAGGAGUUGUAGGGUUACCCCUUUGGCAAGCUACCCUAGUGUUCAGACAUGCAUAUUGAUGGCAUCCCUACAUUCCCCUUCACUUGAACUUUGUAAACUGUGUAUGAAACUGUAAUCAACUUUUGAUAUUUCUUAAUAAAGGCAUUGAAAAUCAUA